AUUCCAUCUCACUUGCUGCACGCACCAGCAGCUACUAGCUAGUAUCCUAUCCAAACUUGCAAAAGGCGGGACCGUACCGUAGCAUGCAGUGGCUGCUCGCUCGCUGGAUCCAAGACGUACAUUAUUUCCCUUGCUCCAUUUAGGAGUAGUAUAUAAUAGUGUGUCUCGCUGCUAGUCGUCUUCUUCCCGGAUCCGCCGGCCGGCCGGACAGUGCUGCCUGCCUGCCUGCGUCACACACACAUACACUAGGUGUAGUACAUACACAUGCAUACAAAGCCGGCCAGCAGCCUGUUGCAGCUUGCUACCAGUCUACAGAUCGAUCCAUACUGGCUCUGGCUGGUUGCGGUGAUCAUCAAACAAGCUAGCUACCUAGAGACCGCGCGCGCGACCGGCCGGCCGGCGGCGCCCAGCAGCAGGGACGUAUCGGGAGGCGGCGGCGGCGGGAGCUGAGGAAGUACAGUAGGUGUGGAAGAAGAAGAUGCUGGCCUGCAUCGCGUGCGUCAACAAGGAAGAAGGCGGCGGCCGGGACCGUGACCGUGAGGACGGCGGCGCGCGCUCGGGCGGCGGCGACACCCCGAGCUGCAGAGACCCCGUCAAGUCGCUCACGUCCCAGCUCAAGGACAUGGUGCUGAAGCUGUCCGGCACGCACCGGCAGCACGGCGCGCAGCACAGGCGCGGCGGUUCGCCACCACCUCGGGGCCGUGCCACCUCCCUGUACCGCAGCGGCUACUACCGCCCCGGCGUGGUGCAGGACGACAUGGCUGUGCCCCCGGCCACGUACCUGGGCGGCGGCGCCGGCGUCACCGGCGCGUCGAGCGCGAGCUCCACCCCGGCGUGGGACCUGCCCGUCCGCGCGGACGGCGAGGCCAGGGAGUGGGUGGCGCAGGUGGAGCCCGGCGUGCAGAUCACCUUCGUGUCCCUCCCCGGCGGCGCCGGCAACGACCUCAAGCGCAUCCGGUUCAGCCGCGAGAUGUACGACAAGUGGCAGGCGCAGAAGUGGUGGGGCGAUAACAACGAGCGCAUCAUGGAGCUCUACAACGUCCGCCGCUUCAGCCGACAGGUGCUCCCCACGCCGCCACGCUCCGACGACGGCGAGAGGGAGUCGUUCUACUCGCAGUCGCAGGCGGGGUCGAUGAUCGGGAGCCCCGCGGCCACCCCGUCGCCGGCGCCACUCACGCCGGAGAGGAUCAGCUGGGGCGCGUUCGCGCGGCAGGUGGCGCCGCCGCCAGCAGGCGCAGCGGGCGGCGCCGCGCGGCAGCACAGCUUCCGGCCCAUGUCGCCGCCGCCGCCGUCCUCGUCCAACCCUUCGGAGCGGGCCUGGCAGCAGCAGCACCAGCAGCAGCGACAGGACGGUAGUGGAGCGGCCGGCAAGAGCCCCGCCGCCUCCGAGGCAGCCACCGCCACGGAAGCCGCGAGGACGACCACGUCGUCCAGGGACGACGUGUCCGUCAGCAACGCCAGCGAGCUGGAGGUGACGGAGUGGAUCAUCCAGGACCAGCCCGGCGUGUACAUCACCGUCAGGGAGCUCGCAGACGGGAGCCGGGAGCUGCGCCGCGUCAGGUUCAGCCGCGAGAGGUUUGCUGAGCUGAAUGCCAAGCUGUGGUGGGAGGAGAACAAGGAGAGGAUACAGGCUCAGUACCUUUGAAAACUAGUAAACUGGAAGGAGACUGAAACUGAAUUUUAAUUCAGUUGAGCAGCAGAAGCUGGUGAUAAGUAUGGUGUUGUGCAAGGGCUAGGAAUCAGACAUAUAAUUAAUUUGGUAUAAGUAUAUAGGGAGAGUUUAUGUUUCAAGUUAAAUUGGAGAUGGGGGGUGAGAUAGGGGGGAUUCAUUUGGAGCUGGGAAAGAUAGGGGGGAUGAGAGGGGACAACAGGGACAAUAUGUUCAUGCAUGUUUAGGGCACCUGACCUGCCAGUGGCAGCCCAGGUAACUUGUGAUUGGUGUACCGUACUAAAGUUUUACCAAUCCACCACUAUUGUGCCUAAUCUUCAGUUUCACUCGAUAACAUGAGUAAUGCCAACACAUCUUCUGAUCUUGUGUCACUCAGGUAAGAAAAAGCAUGAGUUUAUCUGUUUCUGCCCUCCCAUGUAAGCGCAUGCAGUGCACAACAGAUAUAUAACAUGCGGUAACAUCAAUCAAUCGAAGAAAAACCACAACCAGGCAUUGAUAUGACAAGUUUUCUCAACAGCUGAAAUUAACAUACAUACAAAACAUAACUGACGAACAUACAGUUUAGCACAUCCAAGGACUCUGUUCUAGAUACAGUUA